GAUUGCAGACCAAAACAGCGAAACCCCACUUCGCCGGCGACCAACCGAGGCAAGCUGCUGAGAUUCCCUAUAUUUGGGGUCUUCGCAUUGCAGUCGGAAAAUUUUGGGGCAUAGCCGGGCGGAUGCUUUCGGGGUUUUCUAGGUGCUGCUUCUGCAGUGUUGCCGCAGAACGGCCAUGGCUUUUUGUGGGUUUGGGCAACCCUGGCGAUAAGUACAAAGGAACCAGACACAAUGUACAAUACACCAGCACGCAUUGCUUCUUUUGACUCUUUUUUAACAUGAUUAUUCCGUUUUAUAUUUGGUUGAUGCAGGUGGGGUUCGAGAUGAUUGAUGCAUUUACUGAGCCCCAAGGGAUUGAGAUGAACACAGUUCACUGCAAGGCUCUAUUUGAGCAGGGUCUGUGAAUAUGAAUUUCCUGCAUUCAACCUUUCGUAGUUGUUUGUCUGUAUUGGACCACUUGCUGCUUAUUAUAAACUACCUCUUAAUUGUGUGAUUGUGUUUCAUGAUGACAUGACUUUACCGUGUGGAGUGAUGCGUCUUCAAGACAAACGAGGUCAUGGAAGUCACAAUGGAUAUGAAUGGAGAAAUUUAGCUGCUUGAUACUAAGAGAAUAUUGGACAUACAUAGGAUUUUUUUUAAUUAUUGGCAUCCUAUGCUCUGGCAGAGGAAAGUUCUAUGCUAAUGCUCUGUGUAUGCAAGAUAUGAGCUGAUUAUCAGCAUAUAAGACUUGUUUCUCAGUCUGCAAUAACUCUCUUAUUUCAGAAAUGCCUUGGUUGAUGUGAUAUUUUUAUUAUUUAUUUACCAGGCUGAAGAGUGUGAUAUAUCAUUUUUGAGGAAACAGAGAGUUUCCUAGGCUGAGAAUUGGUAUCGCAAGCGCAAGGCCACCAGGUCAAAUGGAUCCUAAAGCAUUCUUGCUGCAGAAGUUCAAUGCAACAGCUCAAGAACGAUUAAGAUCUAGUGCUACUUGAUCACAUUAGAAAACUCCUUCACAAGCAAGUUCCUCCAUUAUAACUGAAACAAAUAAUUUCAUCAGAAGAUCUACUGGAUCACAUGCUGAUAGUGCAGUACCUCUUUAUCCCCAGAAUUUGAAAAUAGAUUUGUUUUCUUCAAAUAAUCACAAGGAUAAUUGAUAAAGAGUUCAUGAGAGUCACUUUGUCAAUAUGAAAUAAAAUUAUAUGUUCCUUAUUUGCAUGUAGAUUAUCCUUCAAUCAAAUAUAAUGGUAUAGUGUGUAUGUGAUUGGAGGAACAACAAAGGAGACAAAGUAUGAGCGGGACUAGCUUAUCACAAUCUUCACAUAAAUUUUAACAUAAUUACUUUUUAAACACUGCUUUUAAAUUUAUAAGAUUUAGUUCUACAAGCAUCUAUUAUCCUUGUCAAUGUGCCCUAAAUUUCUACAGGCUGUCCCCUCUGUCAACUUAAUUCUGAUUAAGUUUCUGAUUUCCUAUAAGGUACUUUUUGUUCUCUAGUCAACUCUAUAUUUCUUGUUAAAAUUUGUGAUUCUAUAAAUUAUCAUAAUCUAGAAUUAUUGAGAAUGUUGACUCAAUAUAAAUGUGGUUCAAAGUCAAUCUCCACCCAGAACUUGUAACAUUAAUACAAAGUGCAUGUUGAGGUGAGUGAGAUUUUUACUUAAUGGUAUUUGACUGAGAAUAUUGGAAGAGGACAAGAUGCCCUAAAGAAUAAGUAGUAAGUGCAUUAUUCUUUCUGAUGAUAUGUUUAUCUUUCCUCUUGUACAAGAUUAAUGCUGCUUUGCGAGAAGGUGUUGAUGCACUAAAGCUUCUUUUAUCCAAAGGCUUGGCAGAGAGUGCAAGAAGUUUUAACCCCCAACAGAAGUACAAGCAUUUAAGAUUGCAAACAAUGCCAACAUAACACUGGAUGAUGGGAUUUUUCCCUAGCCUUUUGGGUUGAGAAAUUCUUGGAUUUUGACUUCCAAACAAGUGCAAGGCUUCAUGCUGCAUCAAUGAAUGCCUUGAAUAGCCUGUUCUGUUUUCCAAAGAUUUUAGUGCCAAAGAAUCAAAUAUGUUGUCGACGAUCUAAGUAGCUUAACAAUAAUUUCAUUUUAGUGAAAAUAAGAAGUUUUGAGUUUGAGUUUGAAAUCAUCUGGCCCUAGUUAAACAUUUCUUCUUGCAUUCUUGUGUGCUCAUUCAUGCUGGAAUGUCUGUUAUCCUGCAUAAAUUGAUUGUUUUUUC